GAUGUUGCAGGGUUGUUUCGUGCCAAAGAGGAACUCGUUUCAACAGUUGUUCGCCCUUCCAUCUACACGCUAAUAUAUCAACGAGCCAAGGUUCAGCUGCCGCGUGGGUUACUACUCUUCGGACCUCCUGGAUGCGGAAAAUCACUUAUUGUUCCAGCACUGGCAAAGCGUUGCCGCUUUAGCCUCGUUCUGUGUCGCGGUCCUGAGCUUCUUGACAAGUACAUUGGUGCAUCAGAAGCCAAAGUUCGAGAUCUCUUUGACCGCGCUGCGACUGCCGCUCCUUCAAUUUUGUUUCUUGACGAGCUGGAUUCGUUGGCACCGCCCCGAGGAUCUGACCAUACUGGUGUUACAGAUCGUGUUGUCAAUCAGCUCCUGACAUUUUUGGACGGAGUCGAAGAGAAUUCCUCGAAAGGCCCGCUAUAUGUCAUUGCGGCGACAUCUCGGCCGGACAAAAUAGAUCCUGCAUUGCUUAGGCCUGGGCGACUCGAGAAGCACGUCUACGUGGGUCUUGCUGAG